AUGGCCGGCACUGAGGGCAAAAGCAACCUUUCCUUCAUCCUCAACAAGCCCCACGACGUCGAGUUCGCCGAGCGCCCCAUCCCCAAGCUUUCCGAUCCCCACGAAGUCCUCGUCGCCGUCAACUACACCGGUAUCUGCGGCUCCGAUGUCCACUACUGGGAGCACGGCGCCAUCGGCCACUUUGUCGUUAAGGACCCCAUGGUCCUUGGCCACGAGUCCGCCGGUACCGUUAUCCAGGUCGGCGAGAACGUGAAGAACCUCGUAGUCGGCGACCGCAUCGCUCUCGAGCCCGGCUACCCCUGCCGUCGCUGCGAAGACUGCCUCGCCGGCCACUACAACCUGUGCCCCGAAAUGCGCUUUGCCGCGACUCCCCCCUACGACGGCACGCUUGCCGGUUUCUGGACCGCACCCUCCGACUUCUGCUACAAGCUGCCCGAUAACGUCUCCCUGCAAGAGGGAGCUCUGAUUGAGCCGCUGGCCGUCGCCGUUCACAUCACCAAGCAGGCCCAGAUCACCCCUGGCGCCUCUGUUGUCGUUAUGGGCGCCGGCCCUGUCGGUCUGCUCUGCGCCGCCGUCGCGAAGUCGUUCGGUGCCACAAAGGUUGUCAGCGUCGACAUUGUCCAGUCCAAGCUUGACUUCGCCAAGGAUCUCGCCUCUACUCAUACCUACCUCUCCCAGCGUAUCUCCGCCGAGGAGAACGCCAAGGCUCUCAUCGAGCAAUGCGAUCUCGGCGCGGGAGCCGACUGCGUCAUCGACGCCAGCGGCGCUGAGCCCUCUAUCCAGACCAGCUUGCACGUCGUCAGGAUGGGCGGCACCUACGUCCAGGGUGGCAUGGGCAAGUCCGACAUCAACUUCCCCAUCAUGGCUCUGUGCUUGAAGGAGGUUACUGCCCGCGGCAGCUUCCGUUACGGUCCCGGCGACUACAAGCUCGCCAUUGACCUCGUCGCCAACGGCAGGGUCAACGUGAAGAAGCUUAUCUCCGGCAUUGUUGAGUUCAAGCAGGCCGAGGAGGCUUUCAAGAAGGUCAAGGAGGGCCAAGUCAUCAAGAUCCUCAUCGCCGGCCCCAACGAGAAGGUCGAUGGAACCUUCAGCACCGAGGUGGACCCCAAGAAGGCAGCCGAGAACGGCAGCCAGGGCGGAUGCUGCUGA